UGAGCAGCAAGCCCACUGAGAGGUCCAAGAUGGCGUGGAAAUUUGGACUUCUUUGUUUAUUGGUAACCGUCGUCUUUGCUCAGGAUGACUACGGACGCAGUGGCCUCGCCAGCGCCAUUGCAAACGCGGAGGCUCUCGCUAAUGGCUACGGAGGCGGCAGCGCCAGCGCCGACGCGGAAGCCAACGCUCUAGCCAACGGAUACGGAGGAGGCAGCGCCAGCGCCAACGCCCUCGCGAACGCACUAGCCAACGGAGGAAUCGGAGGAGGCAGCGCCAACGCAAACGCUCUAGCCAACGCCUUAGCCAACGGCUACGCAGGAGGCAGCGCCAGCGCCAACGCCCUUGCCAACGCCCUAGCCAAUGGUGGAGCCGGCGGCGCGAGUGCUGAUGCCUACGCCAACGCUUUAGCCAACGGUGGAGCCGGUGGCGCGAGCGCAGACGCUAUCGCCAACGCAUUAGCCAACGGAGGAGGUGGAAGUGCUAGCGCCAAUGCUCUCGCGAACGCUUUAGCCAAUGGUGGUACAGGAGGAGCCAGCGCGGAAGCGCUCGCCAAUGCUUUAGCUAACGGUGGUGGCGGUAGCGCUAAUGCUCAAGCUAUUGCCGAUGCUAUCGCCAAUGGAGGCGGUGGCAGCGCCAGUGCUGAUGCUAUUGCCAACGCCCUAGCCGGAGGUGCCGGAGGAGCCAGCGCCAACGCCAUCGCCCAAGCCCUCGCCAACGCCGGAGCGGGAGGCAGCGCUAGUGCUGAAGCCUUAGCUAAUGCCCUCGCCAAUGGCGGUGCCGGUGGCGCCAGUGCGGAAGCUCUUGCCCAAGCUCUUGCUAACGGCGCAGGUGGUAGCGCUAGCGCUGACGCCCUCGCAAACGCUCUCGCCGGAGGUGCAGGAGGUAGUGCGCAAGCUCAAGCUCUUGCCCAAGCUCUUGCUAACGGUGCAGGUGGUAGCGCCAGCGCUGAUGCCCUCGCAAACGCUCUUGCUGGAGGUGCGGGCGGAAGUGCUCAAGCUCAAGCUCUUGCCCAAGCUCUUGCUAACGGCGCAGGUGGUAGCGCUAGCGCUGAUGCUCUUGCAAAUGCUCUCGCCGGAGGUGCAGGCGGUAGUGCUCAAGCUCAAGCUCUUGCCCAAGCUCUUGCUAACGGCGCAGGUGGAAGUGCAAGUGCUGAUGCUCUUGCUAACGCUCUCGCAAACGGAGGUGCCGGUAGCGCUAGCGCUCAAGCCCUCGCCCAAGCUCUAGCCAGCGGUGCAGGUGGCGGCGCCAGUGCCGAUGCCAUUGCCAACGCUUUAGCCAACGGAGGAGCUGGUGGCGCCAACGCUCAAGCUAUCGCUCAGGCUCUCGCUAAUGCUGCAGGAGGCAGUGCUAGUGCUGAUGCUAUUGCUAACGCUCUCGCUAACGGAGGUGCCGGAGGAGCCAGCGCUGAAGCUAUCGCCCAAGCUCUUGCUAACGCCAAUGGCGGAAUUGGAGGAGGCAGUGCAAGCGCUGAUGCCAUCGCUAAUGCUCUAGCCAGUGGAGGAGCCGGCGGUAGCGCCCAAGCACAUGCUCUUGCCCAAGCCCUCGCUAGCGCCGCCGGUGGUAGCGCUAGUGCUCAAGCCAUGGCCCAAGCUCUAGCAGAUGCUGAACCUGGUAGCGCUAGUGCCUCAGCCCUAGCUCAAGCUCUCGUAAGCGCCGCAGGAGGCAGCGCUCAAGCUCAAGCUCUUGCUCAAGCUCUCGCUAACUCUAGAGGCGGCGGUGCUAGUGCCAGCGCUCAAGCCCUCGCCCAAGCUCUUGUGAACGCCGCUGGAGGUACCGCUAGUGCUCAAGCUAUGGCCCAAGCUCUCGCAAGCGCUGAACCCGGCAGCGCACAAGCUUCAGCUCUAGCCCAAGCUCUCGCUAAUGCUGCAGGUGGUACUGCUGAAGCUCAAGCUUUAGCAAACGCUCUUGCUCAAACUAGGAGUGGUGGUGCUGGUUCGAGUGCCCAAGCCCUCGCCCAAGCUCUCGCCAACGCCGCUGGUGGCAGUGCAACCGCGUUAGCUACGGCGCAAGCUCUAGCUGAUGCUGAAGGUGGAAGUGCAGCCGCUCAAGCUCUAGCCCAGUCUCUAGUAAGCGCUGCAGGUGGUAGUGCUCAAGCACAAGCUCUCGCUCAAGCACUCGCAAACACAAGAAGUGCUGGCGGUAGCGCCUCAGCUCUAGCUGAAGCGUUCGCCAGUGCCGCCGGUGGCAGCGCUAGUGCUCAAGCCGUCGCUCAGGCUCUCGCCAACGCCGCUGGAGGCAGUGCGCAAGCGCAAGCCCUCGCUCAAGCAACUGCAAGCGCUGCCCCUGGAAGUGCCAGCGCUCAGGCGCUCGCUCAAGCUCUUGCCAGCGCAGCCGGCGGCAGCGCCACGGCGCAAGCCCUCGCCUCGGCCCUCGCGAACGCCGGCGGCGCCAACGCCAGUGCUCAAGCUAUCGCCAACGCGCUCGCCAUUGGGGGAAGUGCUGAAGCUACCGCUAUAGCAAACGCUCAAGUAAACGGAUUAAUACCUCCUCCUCCACCAGCUCAAUGCUCUUACAACGGUCAAAUGGUAGUAAGAGUAGUCCCUGGUACUGAAAGAUACGUGCCUUGUCCCGCUGUUGAGGUCUGCGGAUGCUUCCAGAGCCCAAUAGGUUCACUCUACAUGAGCUGCCGACGAUGCCCCGGUUGUGUUCCUCGCGAUCCGAGACAUGCGUCACUACCAACCAUUUUGCCUAUUAAACCUUUAAUACCAGUGCCGCCCGGCCCAGCACCUCAGCCAGAACCAGCUCCUAUUCCGCCGAUUCCAGAUGUGAUACCGUUCCCGAGGCCCACGCCGAUCCCGACGCCGAUCCCGCGACCAACCCCGAUACCGUGGUGCCCACCACCAACCAUAAUCCCUGGCCCGCCGCGACCAUACCCAGUACCGGUCCCAGUCCCGAGCAAACCUAUCGUGAUCCCGGUACCCGUCCCGGUCCCGUCUCCGCCAAAGAAGAUCUACGUCCCCGGCCCAGUAGUGAGGGUCCCAGUUCAAAUUAAGGUGCCCGUACCGGUACCGCAGCCCUACCCCGUACCGUCCCCGCCUAAGAUCAUCAGAGUCCCGUACCCAGUACCGGGCCCAGUUGAAAAGAUAUACGUGAAGGUUCCGGUUCCUUCCCCGCCCAUUAGAGUGCCGGUCAUCGUCCCUGGCCCGGAGAGAGACAUUCCGGUACCCGUACCGGUACCGUCACCCCCGAUCCACGUCCCGUACCCGGUCAACAGAUAUAUCACUGUUCCUGGCCCGAGAGUACUUGUGCCUGUACCCGUUCCAGUGAUCAGAAACAAAGUAUACCCGGUACCCGUCGUCAUAUACGUAGCCCCCGAAUGCAGGUCUCACGAACCCAACGUGCCGUUCCCGAAACCUGGCGACUCCUGCGUGAUCCUCACCUGCCGCGUCAAAUACAACUACAUCUACAUCGAGAGCCAGAGGAUUCCUGGAUGUGGAGUCCCUGUACCAGCACCAACACCUAUAUGGAUCCCUACCGAAGCUUCAGCUCAAGCUCAGGCUCAAGCCCAAGCUCAGGCUCAAGGUGGCGGAUGGGGAGGCGGCUCAGCGGAAGCUCAGGCUCAGGCCCAAGCUAUAGCCAACGGCAUCGGCGGUUUGGGUGACGCUCAAGCUCAAGCUCAAGCUCAGGCUCUCGCUAACGGACUCGGAGGCGGUUCCGCUGAGGCUCAGGCGCAGGCUCAAGCUCUAGCUCAAGGUCUCGGAGGUGCCGGAGGUUCUCAAGCUCAAGCCCAGGCUCAAGCACUAGCUCAAGCCCUAGGCCUGGGUGGCGCUGGAAGCGCUGAAGCUCAGGCACAAGCUCAGGCUCUUGCUCAAGGUCUCGGAGGUGCCGGAGGUUCUCAAGCUCAAGCUCAGGCUCAAGCACUAGCUCAAGCCCUAGGCCUGGGUGGCGCUGGAAGCGCUGAAGCUCAGGCACAAGCUCAGGCUCUUGCUCAAGGUCUCGGAGGUGCUGGAGGUUCUCAAGCUCAAGCUCAAGCAUUAGCUCAAGCCCUUGGACUAGGUGGCGCUGGAGGCGCUGAUGCUCAGGCGCAAGCUCAAGCUCAAGCUCUAGCUAACGGACUUGGAGGUGGCGAUGCUCAAGCUCAGGCCCAGGCUCAGGCUCAAGCUCAAGGCUUAUUAGGAGGUUGGGGAGGCGGCCAAGCUCAGAGCCAAGCUCAAGCUCAGGCUCAGGCCCAGGCUCAAGCGGCAGCGCUCGCGCAAGCUUUAGCUCAAGCUCAAGGCAGUAACAGAGACGGAAACUAAGAGAGAACUCAACAAAUGACAACUCAUGAUCAAUCUAUCUAACAACGACAACCAGCGAAGUAAUUAAGUUAAGCAUUGUAAAAAUAGACUAAGCACACCUCUUUUUUAAUAAAAUCUAGUGGGAUUCAA